AUGAAGCUCUAUUUUAUUCUAUGUUCAGUUGUGGUCGCAUCUGAUCCUUUCCAGUCACAGCCACCUUUUUCUUCAGUCAGAGAGUCUUGUCAGAGUUUGUGUUCCUGUGAAGAAAAGGACGAUACUAUGAUUAUAAACUGCGAAGAAAGAGGCAUCAAGAUGGUAUCAGAAAUAAAUGUCCCACCAUCACGGCCUUUCCAUCUUAAUCUGUUAAACAACGGCCUGACUACGUUACACGUGAAUGAUUUUGCUGGCCUUGUUAAUGCUAUCUCUCUACAUCUUGGUUUUAAUAAUAUUGCAGAUAUUGAGCCUGGGGCUUUCAAUGGUCUCAGCCUUCUUAAGCAACUUCAUAUCAAUCACAAUUCUUUAGAAACACUUAAAGAAGAUACGUUUAAUGGAUUGGAAAAUUUGGAGUUUCUUCAAGCAGACAACAAUUUCAUCACAGUGAUUGAAGCAAGUGCCUUUAGCAAGCUCAACAGGCUUAAAGUGCUUAUUUUGAAUGAUAAUGCCAUUGAGUAUCUUCCUCCAAACAUAUUUCGUUUUGUGCCAUUGACCCAUUUAGAUCUUCGUGGAAACCAGUUACAGACAUUGCCCUAUGUUGGCUUUUUGGAACACAUAGGUAGAAUACUAGACCUUCAGUUGGAAGACAAUAAAUGGGCCUGUAACUGUGAUUUGUUGCAGCUGAAGAUAUGGCUAGAAAACAUGCCUCCUCAGUCAAUAAUAGGUGACGUUGUAUGCAAUAGUCCUCCAGUUAUCAAAGGCAGCAUCUUAAGCCGGUUGAAAAAAGAAUCACUUUGUCCCACUCAUCCUCUCAAUGAACUUGAAGAUCCUUCAGGGUCACUGCCCUUGGUUGUAACCACCUCUAUCAGUGAUAAUCACCUGUCAACUAAGGUGAUUCCUAUCCUGAAAGCUCCUACUAAAGAACCAAGUUUAGUGCUUCAUACUUCAAAACCUGCUACUCAGUUUCCAGGAAUCUAUUGUCCCGUCCCCUGUCACUGCACCAGCCAUAUGCUCUCAGGAGUUCUCAUGCACUGCCAGGAGCGAAAUAUUGAAAGCUUGUCUGAUUUAGCCCCCCCUCCAAAUCCUAAAAAGCUUAUUCUAGCUGGAAACAUUAUUCAGACAUUACUGAAAUCAGAUCUUUUGGACUAUGCCAGCCUGGAAAUGCUUCACCUGGGGAAUAAUCGCAUUGAAAUCCUUGAGGAAGGAUCCUUUAUGAAUCUGACUAGACUGCAGAAAUUAUAUCUCAAUGGCAAUCAUCUUACAAAGCUGAGUCAGAAUCUAUUCCUUGGCCUUCAGCACCUUGAAUACUUGUACCUUGAAUAUAAUGCCAUCAAAGAAGUUUUGCCAGGGACAUUUAAUGCAAUGCCAAAACUUAAGGUCCUCUACUUAAAUAACAACCUUCUGCAGACUUUGCCACCCCAUGUCUUUUCAGGUGUUCCACUCGCCAGAUUGAAUCUGAAAACAAACCAAUUUGCUCAUUUGCCUGUGAGCAAUGUCUUGGAUGAACUGGAUAUGCUGGUACAAAUUGAACUUGAAGACAACCCCUGGGACUGUACCUGUGAUUCAGUUGGGUUGCAAAAAUGGAUACAAAAACUGAGUAAGAAUACAAUGAUGGGUAAUAUUUUUUGUAAAUCUCCAGGACACCUAGCAAAAAAAGAACUGAAAUCCCUGAACAGUGAAGUCUUGUGUCCAGGUUUAAUAAACAGUCCUGCCCUACCAACUCAUGGCAGUUUUGUAGUUGUGACAACUUCUUCUACUACUACCAACACUGCAGACACCAUCCUGCGGUCCCUUACAGAUGCUGUCCCACUUUCUGUUCUAAUAUUAGGACUUCUAAUUGUGUUUAUAACUGUUGUAUUUUGUGCAGCAGGAAUAGUUGUUCUUGUUCUGCAUCGGCGACGAAGAUGCAAAAAGAAACAAGCAGAUGAACAAAUGAGGGAUAGCAGCCCAGUUCACCUUCAGUACAGCAUGUAUGGGCAUAAGACAACACACCACACAACGGAGCGCCCAGCUGCAACUCUCUAUGAGCAACGUAUGGUUACUCCCGUGGUUCAGGUCUACCGCAGCCCAUCCUUCAGCCCCAAGCAUACUGAGCAACAGGAGGAGGGAAGUGAGAAGGAAGCUGAUUCCAAACAUCUCCGACGAAGUCUCCUGGAAAGAGAGAACAGUUCACCUCUUACAGGUUCAAAUGUCAAAUAUAAGGCUACAGAUCAAUCUGCUGAAUUUCUCUCUUUUCAGGAUGCCAGCUGCUUGUAUAGAAACAUUCUUGAAAAAGAGAGAGAACUGCAGCAACUAGGGAUCACGGAGUACCUAAGAAAAAAUAUUGUCCAGCUCCAGCCUGACAUGGAAGUUCAUUAUCCUGGAACACAUGAGGAGCUGAAACUAAUGGAGACACUCAUGUACUCCAGGCCAAGAAAGGUUUUUCUAGAACAGACUAAAAAUGAAUAUUUUGAACUCAAAGCUAAUUUACAUGCCGAGCCUGACUACCUGGAAGUCCUGGAGCAGCAAACAUGA